AUGCAUACCUUCAUGGCAAUCGUCUGUUUUGGUCUCCUCAUAUGGAUGGCUUUUGGUGCGAAAACAUCAACUUUGAUCGAUCAAGCAACUAAGUUGGAGCAUGAAAAUGCAGACAAGAUCGAAGAUGAAAUGGAUCAUUUAAUGGAUGAUAUCGUAAGAUUGAGAGAAAUGAAUUUAACAGACGCACAUACGGAUUUUAUUAUUCGUACUAUGCAAUCUUGUGAAGCUGAUGUACUUUACUUCGCCUUGGGUGAUAACAAAUUGACGUAUGUUGGUGUCAAAAAACUAGUUGAAGCAAUCAAAAAGGGCAAGCAAGGUGUACGCGGACUUAAUCUUAAUGGAAAUCCGGUUGGUGAUGUCGGAGUACAAUAUAUAUUGAAAUUAUUCGAUAAUAAUAUUUUCGAAUACCUCUCUAUAGAGGAUAUAGGCUUAACAGAUAAUGGUGUAAAAGAACUUGUUGAUGGUAUUCUUCAAUCAAAACCGUCGUCGCCGGUGAAGAUGUUAUUUAUUGGAAAUAACAAGAGAAUCACAGAUCAUAGUGUGAAGCAACUUCUUCGAUUAGUUGGAUUAAACCAACUUGUUAAGAUUGAUAUUGUUGGUUGUUCUCUUUCAGAUGAAGCAAAGAAGCAACUUGAACAAGAAUCACCAAUAUUUUUUGUAUAG